AUGCGGAAUUCAACUCAGUUUUCAUCUGUGAUCUUGACCGCAUACACUGAUGUUGGAAAUGUGAAAUACUUGUACUUUACUAUAUUGUUACUGUUGUAUGUUUGCAUAAUUAUUGCCAAUGUCCUUUUGAUUAGUGUUGUUUAUAUGGACAGGACUCUGCAUGAGCCCAUGUACUUGUUUCUGUGCAGCCUGUGUGUCAAUGAACUGUACGGCAGCCUGGGUCUGUUUCCUUGUCUUCUGGUUAACAUGCUCUAAGAUAGCCAUGAACUCCAGCUCACAUAUUGCUACCUGCAAGUUUACUGUUUAUAUACUUACGCAACAGUGGAGUUUUGUACCUUAGCACUGAUGUCUUACGACAGAUAUGUGUCUAUCUGUCAUCCGUUACAGUACAAUAGCAUCAUGACACCGACCAAAGUCACCUCUCUAAUUGUGGCUCCGUGGCUGUUUUCAUUUGUCCAGUUUGCAGUUAACGUGUCUCUGAGUGUCCGUUUGAAAUUGUGUGGUAACAUCAUAGAGAAGGUAUGCUGUGACAACUAUUUGCUUAUCAGGCAGGCUUGUUCGGACACAACUGUACUCAACAUAUACGGCCUUUCCAUGACUAUUGUUGUCAUCUUUGGUCCGAUAGCACUCAUUUUGUACUCGUACGGCAGGAUAUUCAAAGUGACUUUGAGCAAGGGACCAAACAAGAAGUCUUUGAACACAUGUGUCCCUCAUAUUGUUUCAUUGUUAUAUUAUUCAAUAGCUAUGUCAAUUGAAGUGUUUCAAAGCAGGGUACCAUCAAAGGUGAAGGUGCCACCUAUACUUCGCAUAAUUCUUUCAGUGUAUUUUGUGAUAAUUACACCACUCCUCAAUCCCAUUAUGUUUGGUCUAAAGUUAACUAAAAUCCGAGAUGCACAUAAAAAAUUAUUUCAUCAUGUAAUCGUUUUGAAAUUCAGAACAUGA